AUGCCUGCCUUUAUGGAUCCUCAAGAAUCUGAUGACGAAACUUUCAUUGAAGUAACUGAUCCCUUUAUGAACAAGAGCCCAGGCAGUGAGAAACAGAUUUCAGUGGAUCCAAUCUCCUUGAAAGAACCAAAUGAACUUACAAUCCCCUUUUCAAAACCCAAACCUCUCAACAUUACUAAGAAAAUAUCCAGCUUCAGCUUGCCCAAUUCAACAACCUCGUCUCCUGAUUUUUCGAAGAAAAAACAUAUACUACACUCUCCUCUGUCAUCAACUAAUCAUUUGGCUCGUCAACACUCCGUGGCUCUAACAAACCUUGAACGAUUGAGAGAAAUCCAAUUACGGAAGAGCAAGUCGUGUGGUGAAGGCAGAGCUAGUGCCCCACCUGAAGAAUUCGAUAUUUGGUUCACUCCUAAUAGUACCAUUCAACAAGUAGCAGACAACAACAAUAAGUACUUGAUCAAUAACAACAGCUUUUCCCCUGAAUCAGAAAUUAGCAACAGAAAUGAAGAAUUUUAUGAGAAAAAAACGUUGGAGGGACGAAAUCAGGACGAGCAAAAGUUUAAAUGCGGAGCAUUGUGUUUGUUCAUUCCAGGAUUUGGGAAGGGAAUCAAACAUGUAAAAUCAGGGAGAAGGCAAGUAAGCGGUGUAUCUUCAUCGUCCGAUAUAGGACCACAUGUUGUUUCAAGGACAGUUUCAUUGGAGAAAUUCGAAUGUGGGUCGUGGACAUCAUCGGCAGCUAUAAUCAACGACGUUGGAGAUGCAGCCUCCAACAACAUGUUUUUCGAUCUGCCAUUGGAGCUCAUCCGAUGCAGUAAUGCGAACGACGACACGUUUUCCCCUGUUACGACUGGGUUUGUUUUCGAUAAAGAAGUCAAAGGUGUCCUCAAAAAUACAACUUCUUCGAGGAAAUCACAUGAAUCGACCCGACAUGUUCGGUUUUCUACGUCGUCCCCGACAUCGUACCCGCCAUCACCUACGUCCUGCAUAACACCACGAAUGCUUACUUCUAGAGAAGAUUUCACUACAUUUCUAGAAGCUCAGAGUGCAUGA